UGUUAUUGUUGUUGUUGUUGUUGUUGUGCUGGUUCUGUUGAUGCUGCUGGGAGAGCGAUGGCCAGGCCGGUGAGGACCAAGAAAGUUGUAGAUUAUUCACAGGGUGGAGAUUUUGAUGAUGAUGAAGAUUUUGCAUAUGUACCAGCUCCUCCAAGUAAAAAAUCACGUCCUCUAACUAAGGAUCAGAAACAAAAAAAAGGAAAGAGAAAUAACAUUUCUGGCAGUCAAGAUGCAAAAACUGAAAAGGAACGACCUAAAGAAAGGUUGCCACUUGAUGAAAAACUUUAUCAAAGAAAUCUGGAAGCUGCGUUAGUCCUAUCAGUGCAAGAGCCAACCAGUGAAGAUAAGAUUACUACGGAAAAUGAAGGUUCCUCAGUUCGAUCUAGACCAAAGCGAGCAACAACAAAAGCUGCAUCACAACCAAAGCAAAUUCUACUUGAUGAUAGAGGUAGUGAUGGUGAUGGUGAUGGUGAUGGUGAAGGUGAAGAGGAUUCUGCAGGUGAACUGGACUACAUAGUGGCUGAAGAAUCAGAAAGCAGUGAAAAUAGUACAGAUGAGGAUGAGGAAUUUACUUUUAAAAAUAUGUCAAAUAAAAAGAAGAAAAAGGAUAAAAUUAAAACACAAAGCAAAAAGGAGAAAAAAUCUUCAAAACUCAACAACAUUCCUACAGCUGCAGCUCCAGUAAAAAGCAAGCCUUUAUUAUUGGAAGAGAUGCCAGCUUCUCCAUCACCUUCUAAAUCAUUACACGAAUCAAACCCUUCCACUGGAAUGAAAAAACCAAAGUGGACGCCACCAGCUCCUAAAGAAAGCAGUGGAAACUCACGGGAACAAAUUUCUGUAAGAAGUCCAUGUCAAGGCCUUCGAUUAGGCUUAUCUCGAUUAGCCAGAGUGAAACCUUUGCACCCAACAAUUGACCAUGAUUGAACGUGAUUUAAAACUUUUCAAGACAGAUGAAAUUUUAUCUCUAUGUUAUUGUAUUAAUAUUGAUUUUAUUCUUUGUAUUAUCAUAAGAUUUGCAUUUCUUUAAGAAGGUAUAUUUCUUUAGAACCUGUGAACAAUCUUGGCAGAAACAAUGACUGGAGGAAAUGUUUUUUCAUCAUAUUGACAAUGUUAUUUCCCAAAGAGCCCAGGAAACUAUUUUCCAUAUUUCUGUCAAUUGACAUUGACAAUUUGAUAAUGUUUGUAAAUUCACUAUCUAAACUUGAAAUAUCUUGUUUGUGAUAGUUUUACAGACAGAAAUCAGUGCUUGGUGCACUGGACCUUUACCUGUAUGAUUCAGGUGAACAGGAUAUAAAUUUUUGCUCAUAAGGGCUAUGCAUUAAAUCUGGCCAGCUUUAACUUAGGUCCACAGUGUGAGACCAUGACAGAAAAGUUUUUUAUUUCUGCAACACUUACUUACUGAAGCCAUUGGGAUGGCCCAAAGUGAAUUGGGUGGUAAUGUUAUCUGUGCACUCAAACACAUUAAUUAUAAACACAUUUGCAAUAUUAGCUGUACAUAGUAAAUCUUCUUUUACCAAUGCAGUGGGCUAUGUGAGGUAACAUUGGUUUUGAGUUGGAAUUUCUAUCCAUGUAGUUUGUUUUAGCCUGAAAGCUGCGCUUGACAAGCAUCACAUAGCCUGUCAAUAUUUUAUGUCAUUGUAGCUUCUCUUUUUAAGGAAUUUGAAUGCCUAGAGAAAUACUGUUGUUGCCUUAUAAUUGGUAGAUAUUGUAACACUGUUCUUAUUAAGCAGAUAUAAUUCAAUAACAUCAGAAGUCCUUUCAUGCCUGAACCAAAUUUACUAUUAACUUUUUAACCA